AUGACAGUCUUGAGUAUAGUCGAAAAUCGUUUUUCGGGGACAGCUUCGUCUGUUUGUAAAAUCAGGGGUGGGAUUUUAAAUUUCCUAAACCUCUCAGACAACCUUUUAUCUGGACAUCUCCCCAAUUGUUUUAUGCAUUUGCGUAAGCUACUCAUUCUGAACUUGGCUGGCAACAAUUUCACUGGGGAAAUUCCAAGCUCUUUUGGCUCUUUGUCUCAGCUGCACACUUUGAUUUUGCGCAAUAAUAGUUCCUCUGGAGAAUUACCUUUGCCUCUAAAAAAUUGCAGUUUGUUGAAGUUUGUAGACUUGGGAAACAAUAAAUUCUCUGGAUCAGUACCAACUUGGAUUGGGGAGGGCUUGCCACUGUUGAAUAUUCUUAUCCUAUGUUCCAAUAAGUUUGGUGGAAGCAUACCAUUAAAUCUAUGUCGGUUGAAAUAUUUACGAAUCUUGGAUCUUUCUGUAAAUAACAUAUUUGGAACUAUACCACAAUGCUUCAACAAUUUCACUGCCAUGGCUCAGAAAGGAGAUUUGUUCAGUGGAAUCAUUGGUAGUAAUUACACUGAUUCAUAUGUUUAUGAUUAUGAUGAUACAGAAGAAUUCAUUAAUGAUGCAACGGUUAUAAUGAAAGGAAGGGAGUUGGAGUACGGAAAAUAUCUUGGACUAUUAAAGAUCAUUAACCUUGCAAGUAACAAAUUGACAGGGAAAGUUCCAAGUGAAAUCUCGAGCCUCUUGGAGUUGGUUGUUCUGAACAUAUCAAGAAACAAGUUAAUUGGAGAAAUCCCACGAAUGAUCGGACAGUUGAAGCAGUUGCAAUCACUUGAUAUGUCAAAGAAUCAAUUUUCAAAUGAAAUCCCAUCUAGCAUGUCAGAGUUACAUUUUCUAAGCGUCUUGGACUUGUCUUACAACAAUUUGUCUGGAAAAAAUCCUUCAGGCACUCAACUGCAAAGCUUUGAUGCAGUUGAUUUUAUUGGAAAUUGGGCACUUUGUGGGCCUCCACUUCCAAAUAAGUGCCCAGGUCAAGAAACACCAAACCAAAGUGAUCAACCAACUAAUCAUGAUGGCAAUGAAGAUAAUGAAAAGGAUGGAGAUGAAUUUGAGAAAUGGUUUUUUGCUGUAGCAGGAUUUGGAUUUUUUAUAGAAUUUUGGAGAAUUUGUGGACCUUUGCUCUUUAAGAGUUCUUGGAAGGGUGCUUAUUUCUAUUUCUGGACAACAUGA